AGUAGUGAUCUGACCUGCAAACAGAGGCUUUCUCCUAUUAACCUGCAAAGAAAGGCCCUGCAAACAGAGGCUUUCUUUUAUUACCCUGCAAAGAAAGGCCCUGCUAACAGAGGCUUUUACCUUGUGUUUCUCUGACUUUAAAAGUCGCAGCUUUGGCUAUCCGCUCUUUCAGCACAAAUUAAAAAAAUAACGCGAAAACCCAGAGAAGCGAAUCUUCAGGUACUAAAACAAGGAGAAUUAAAAGCUUUGCUAGCAUUUAACUUGUUUUGUUUGCAAACUAACAACUUGAAUUGGACUGAAACGUAGAAGAUGGAUUGACGUCAGUGACGAAGGCGCAUGCGCACGCUCAACCCACAUCGAAGACUUUUCUGAAAAAAAAAAAAAAAAAACUAGUUUAUAUAUACUUUACGGCUAUAACACGUGUUAUGCCCGUAGCGGUCACAGGUCGAUGACAAGGCUCUUUUAUAAUACUAAGCUUUAACCGGAAGUUGGUCACCGGAAGUUUACAGGAAGAUCUAAGAAUUGCUGUGUUGUAAAAGCACAGAAAGACCACAAAAAGUUUACGGAUGAUCCAUCCGACCAUCCGACGAUCGAGUGACACAGAAGUCCCUCCAAUAACUCGUAAAUGCUUUGCAAGCAUUCACGAGUUAAAAGUGACACCUGACUGGAAGUUUAUCACGUGAUGACUUGGUCUGAGAAAAAUCCGCUUAUGAGGCAGUAAAGAAAGAACUUGUUCAAUUAUUCAUGUUUACCUGUGUGAAUUUACCAUGAAAACGCGACACAACGCUUCUCGAGUGACAACUGAAAAAGCUCAGUGAUGUUCCCAUAAUAAACACGAAAUCUUUAAAGGUUUACAAGCAUUUACAGGAUACAGCAUUGUGAGGAUGACAGUGGGAGCCGCUACUGUGCUGUUCGUGGGUUUUAUCAUCGGUCUUGUUGGAGUCCUGGCGUUUUUUCAAGCAUACUACAUUGGGAAAUGCUUUAGAGCAGGGCAACCAUCAGAAAAUGGCCCUCAAAACCAGUGUCUUAUAUGACAUAGGGAUGGACAUUUGAAUUCCACAGGAUUUGAGAAGAAACUUCACAGUGGAAAUUGCACCGCAUCUCAUUUUGUUAUGCUCGAACUUUAUCAAUUUUGCACACUGACAGACACGCCAAGUGGCUCUCAAUGCACGCUUUUCCUCACUGCUGUAAAGCUACACUGCAGGCUGUUGUAUAGAACGUGCACAAAGCAAUGCGCUGGUGUACAAGAAAACAUGGUGGAGCAUUGUGCUAAAUUGUGUUAUAAAAAAGAGGCUACGAUAUAUGCAAAUCAUCAACAUACAUACUUUGUACUUUCGCCUGGAGAAGAACUAGCAAGGCUGUUUGAGUUUGACAUCAGAUGAUGAUAAAGGGAAAACCACGUAGGGAAACUUUUAUAGCAAGUCAACUUAAUAAAUAGUUUUUUUAACGAUACGAUACGAAAAUUCAUGUCAUUAACAAACAGCGAGUUUUUUUUAAUAUCAGAAAACGCCAAGAAGAACUGGUACUGGAAACCAUCAACAACGCGGAUUUGUUGAUGUUAUGUGGAGUAGAAGACAUUUAAGCGUCUAUCGUUCGACAGCGUCGCAAGGAUUUUCCAUUCUCAAACGAAAAAUUAAUUACAUAUCUAUCCGAGGAAAGGAAAAAAAAACUACAUUUUUAUUUACACUGUGUGUGUUUACGUCUUGCAAAGGAGACGUUGCCGGGAGCUGAUCAGGAACGAUUACAUUCAUCACAGACUACCAUCAAUUUAGAAGAAAACAAAAUUGAUCGUUGUUUGGCGUUUGUUAUAAGAAAAAAAAAAUGCGUAAAAUGCCAUCUUUAAUUUUAUUUUUCAAUAACAUGUUUUAUUUUAAAACUAUGACCGACAAAACAAUGCAAAGACUUCCUUAGAAAAAUUAAGGUUAAAGAUGUUGGUUGACGAUUGCAGUCAUGCAAAUUUAUAGUUAAAAGAACUAAUAAAAGGCCAAUACCAGUGAAUAAAACAAACAUACUGCAUGCCCUGACUGUUAAUUUAUUCCGGCAGUUUGUGCGUACAAUAAUACCUGCUUAAGAGUUGGGCAUAGUUUGAGCAAACACAUCGAGGCCAAUCGACAUGCACGCGGGAAAAUCAGCUCAUAAACUUCGGGCGCCGCGCGCGUAGGCUAUAGCUAAUAAAAGAACAAAGGACUCAAACAUAGAAAUUACUGCUGUACGUGGUAUUUGCAAGACGAAUGAUCAUUCGCCUUAUGAUAUACGAUAUAGAAGAGCAAAAUGAGAUAAAAAACAAUAACGUCCAGAUACUUGAACCAUUUCACCCUUUAUAAAACUAGUAAUUGUCUAUAGAUCCGAUCUACUCGCUAGUUCAAAACUCCGUCAAAAAUUAUACAACACUUCAGAUGGGAAAGAUAUUCCAUUUCGAUUAAUGAGUAAUAAAGCAUGUGUCGUUGGCAGCCCUCCAUUAAUUGGUUACACGAAUUACCUUAAGAUAAACAAUAUAAAGGCAGGAUUUUACUAUGCUUUUAGGGCAAAUAUCUUGGUUCUGCUUCUCCUUUUGGGUCCAUGCGACUUAUCCAUUGUUUCUGCGAUAAAAAUCCAUGACGUAUUUAUCUGGACAACACGGGACAAGAUGGUGACGCGUUGGCUCUUUACCGCGACGUAAAGCUGCAUUGUCAGCAAUUUAUAUCCAAAGUGCCUUUUUCAAAUUAGAUGUAUCAUUUCCAUCCAGCUGUCAUAACUUCAACACUGUCCGUUUCCUCACUUCUAGCUUCCAAAUUUUGUAUUUUACCUGCAUGAGCUGUAGUUAAAUUACAGCAAUAUUUUAGCGGCGUUCAAGUCUUUAAGUACGUGACGUGUUCUUUUAACGAUUAGACUCCGCAAGGCCAACAGCAAGCGUAAAACAUGAAACCCAGGAAUAUCGCUAGAAGUUGAGCGAGGAAAUAAAGCUCUCGCAUGACUGAAGUUGUCGGUAAGAAGUCCGCCACAAAAGUGUUCAACACACAGUUUUGUUAUUGACAGGUUGUAUGGUACAAUUCAUCAGCAACGUUAAUUAUUCAUACUUGUUCAUAGGCCUGCAAUUAUAAAAACUAUUACCAUCAAUAUAACUUUGUUGUUUAAGCAAUUCAUAAGAAUACUUGAAAUCAGAACUCUAUUAAAAAAUCCAAAGUAACUUGUACCGAAAAGGAUGUGGUUGUAUUUGGUUCAUUAAUUUACUUUCUUAGCGUUAGACUCGUCUCCUGGCAGUAAACUAGCGUUCGACCCGAUAACUUAGAUACCUCUCAUUGCAUCAAAAGUGAUUUCUAUUUUUCUUAUUUUCUUUUCUUUAGAUUACAGACCUUGAAACGAUUGAAUGAAUCAGACAGAGUGUAACAUUAAGUGAUUUACUUUCCAUCUGCUCUGGGCAUUCAGUUGUAUGCCACCUGAAUCAGGACCAGGGAAAUCUUUAAAUGGGGGCAUCGUGAUUUUACAGAGUUACUUGUAUUCUUACCUUACUUUUCUGAUAUUUCAUUUCCCCUUACAUUAUGAUAUAUUACAAAUGCUUGAUUUGAAAAACACUCUAGUGGUGGUGAAAUUCACAAGGGUGUUGAAAAUAACACGUGCGUCUAGUACCAGUCCUACCCUGGGAACACCCAGCCAAUCAUAGAGCGCUAAAAGAUCGUUGACGAAUCACAAAACGCGACUAAUGGCGCACGCUUUUUGAACAAUUUUAGAGAAUUUGAGCCUCAGCGCGAGUCCAAAAAUUCUAUCAUCUCCUCAAAUUCCUUUGAAGGAAUUUAGAAAUAUAUAUGCAGUUCUUUGAACAGGCAUAUUAGGAAAUAUUGACAAAAUUGCAUUCCAAUGGCAAGUGGCAGUGCAAAUUCCCCGCAAUUUUUCGUGGGUGCCAAUGGAAAGAUGAUUCGCGAAGCUGUGCAAGGUGGUUGUUGUAGGCCACAGUCGCAAUCCGCAGACGGUUAUUGUUUGUUUACCUUUUUCGAAGAAAACCCAAGGGUAGCAGUUGAACGGCAUUUCGAGGAAGCUUUGAAGCAUUUCUUUUCAACUGAAAGGGCAAUGGAAGCUAACCAGACGAAGAAUGUAACUGAUACUCGAUUGUUACCCAUGAAGCAACGCAAUCUGCCAGCCUCGUUUUGGUGUCCACCGGAAACAGAUGCUAUCCAGCUAAACAAGGUCCAUCACGGACAUACAACAUUUACAGGCAUGGUACCCUACACCGUAAAUCAAGUUAUGACCACAGGAAGACCACGCACGACUACUAGACCCGUUCAAAGGCAGGACUUGCCCGACUCAGACCCUGCCCCCUUGCUAGUUUCUUGCCGCCGAUUGCCUGUGACUUCCACUGACGUCAUAGGAACCAUUGCGCAUGCUCAGAGCAAACAGCAGGCGAGAUACAUGACAAUAGUACACGGACCGAGACCUGGGGACGGGUUUAACCCGAGGUACAACUCGCUACUCGUCCAGCCAAACGUAUUUGUCGAGUUACCACGUGUGCAUGGAGAACCGCGCAGCAAGAGCGGGUAGUUCUGUGGGUGCGUGAGCCCUUUUCCUGGGUGCGUAAUCAAGUAUUAAGUCAGCAGCUACAUGCUUGAUAUUUAAUGGAUUUUAGACCACAGGG